AUGAAGGGCGGCGGCGCGCCUGCCAAGACGCCCUGCGCUAGCCUGGGCGAUGCACUGCUAGCUCUCGGCAGCUCUCCUGACGAGUCGAUCACUCGUGGGGAUCUUGGCGGCGGCUCAAGGGACAUUGACGAUGUUCGCGCUUGGGAAGCGCAAGGCAAGCGCGCCGGCUUGGACGCUCAUCAAGCAGACGACGCUUCGGCAAGACGCGCUAGCUUCACGAGUCGAGUCAGGCAAGCAGAGAUGACGGCAGUCAACCCAAAGGCGUUUCCUCUGGCGGACGCAGCUCUGACGAACCAGAUCCUUGACCUGGUCCAGCAGGCAUCGCACUACAAGCAGCUCAAGAAGGGCGCCAACGAAGCCACAAAGACGCUCAACAGAGGCAUCUGCGAGUUCUGCGUCAUGACGGCCGACACUGAGCCCAUCGAGAUUCUCCUCCACCUGCCGCUUCUCUGCGAGGACAAGAACGUCCCGUACGUGUUCGUGCCGAGCAAGACGGCACUCGGUCGCGCUUGCGGUGUCUCGCGACCUGUCAUCGCCUGCUCGGUCACGACAUCCGAAGCCAGAGAGUUGGUGUCUCAGAUCCAGUCGGUCAAGGAGAAGAUCGAAAGACUGCUCGUCUGA